ACGCACCGACGCAGUCGGGAUCGAAUCAGGUGGCCUGACCUUUGGAGACAGCCGGCUAGCUUUCAAUGUGUGCCUGAUUUUUGGGGAUUGCCGGGUGCAAUUGGCGUCAGGCAUGCAAUUGCUUGUGCGUUCAUUGGCUUUCCGGCCGUUCCAGCAACCAAUGCGGGUCCAGCCUCUGUGCCUUCGCCGGAGACUCAGAUGUCUACUUCGGGUCUUUGCUCCAAAUAACCACGCCUUGACGAGCAUCAGCCCACCAGCAACGACCACCGACGACGUGAACAACUCCCUCUGAACCUCUCCACUCCUUCAACAUGCGCUCUACCGCCGCUCUCAGGAUGUUCCGUGCCACGCCGCGCAUGAUGCGUGCGCCUCCUAAGGAGGACCAGGCCGGUCACACCAUCUCUCAGCGUCUCAGGAAGCUCAAGUCCAUCCCUCUCGAGCUCUACCCCCUUGCUGUCGUCGUUGGUUUCGCCGUGUUCGCUGCCGGCUACUCGAGCAUUCGCAAAUUCGUUGUCGACAAGAACCUUCGUCUUGCCCGACAGGGCCCGGGUGCUCGCGCCGAGAGCCACGGCAGCUCCGACCACUAGGGAAGCAAAAGUUUGUCAGGACAGACAUCACAAGUAUAUUCCAUUUGUCAGAGGUUGGAGCAUUGUACAUGUGUUAGCAAGAAGGGAGGAAUUGGAUUUCUUGAUAACCAUUGUGUUGAAACCACA